CAUCUCUCCUUUCUCGCUGAGCAUGUCCGGCCGCGGCAAGGGCGGGAAGGGCCUGGGCAAGGGCGGCGCCAAGCGCCACCGCAAGGUGCUGCGCGACAACAUCCAGGGCAUCACCAAGCCCGCCAUCCGGCGGCUGGCCCGGCGCGGCGGCGUCAAGCGCAUCUCCGGCCUCAUCUACGAGGAGACCCGCGGGGUGCUCAAGGUGUUCCUGGAGAACGUGAUCCGGGACGCCGUCACCUACACGGAGCACGCCAAGCGCAAGACGGUCACGGCCAUGGACGUGGUCUACGCGCUCAAGCGCCAGGGCCGCACCCUCUACGGCUUCGGGGGCUGAGACUGCACACAGACUCGAUUUGGGUGAAAAAUCUUAAAAGGCCCUUUUCAGGGCCACACCCGUUCAUUUGAAGGAGCCGGGGGCAUUGGUGUACUAAUGAUCUGCUUUUUUCACUCUUCACAGGAGCAGGAAUUACAGGAUGUGUUUUCGGGUCUGAACUCAAGUGUGUAUGCUAUAACUUAAUUCUGUUUGCUGCUACUGGAAAGCACUAAAUGUUAAAGCAAUGUUACUAAAAGGUUGAGUACUAGGCUUUGCCAACAUAAGGUUUUGUAGCUUUUAAGUUACCCCAUACCGUUUAAUUAGCAAUUGCUUUUGAUUUCCUUGGCAUGAUUUGGCAAUCCCAAUGAGCUUCACACACUAAUAGGUCAGAUUUUUAAAAUCUAGUUACUAUUUUCUAGAAGUAAAGUUUGAAUACUGAAAAAAUGUAUAAUCCUCUUAUUAGCCCAUUUAACUCAAAAAGAAAAAAAUGCUUUUGAGUUUGGUCUGGUCAACCAGUAGUUGUCUAACUAGAGAAAGAAUUCAGUGAGAAGCUCAGAUUGAGCUCCAAUGAAAGCACCUAAGAGCAGGCCUAGGUGGCACAUGGGUACUAUUCUCGCCC